AUGGCAAAGAAAAAUAAUCACCGAGUUUGUAGAACCUUUCAGAGAACUCAGGGGAUAGUUAUCCCGGACACGAGCAAGCUGGUCACUCGGCCUCAUUUUCGCCCGCUCUCCAUAAUCACAUGCUGGGACGCGUCCGUCCGCAGUCAAACGGGCCUGAUAUCAUCCAGCAACAACAACAAGGCAAUAGAGUCGAGAAUGCAAAUGAUACCGAUGUCGCUCCAAUGUUGUCCUAACAAAGAAGCAAUUUCGGGGUUGUCGACAUCUUUGGGGCAACUGUUCCGAGUCGGUACCUUGGCAUGCACUAACUGGACGACGGAGGAGCCGACGACACCGUGUUGUUUUAUACAGCCGGACCAUAUCUUUACGCAAAAUGAUGACCGUGUUCCCGUGCGCCAAGUGCCAGCAGGUAGCGGACAAGAUGAACCACAUGGGCAUUGCAAGAAUUCUCUCAUGGUAGUGGAAAAGAUUAAGAAUGAAUCCGACGCCCGCCGUAUUGCAGAAUCUAUUUGGUAUACACUCAUAAAAAAAGAAUCGGAUGUUACUGAUUAUUUAGAGUGUAUUAAAAAGUUUGGUUUCGAUCACAUAAUCAUCAUCGGGGAACAUGAAAAUGGAUUGCUUUUUCUUGACUGUUAUGGUCGAGUAUUUUAUUGGGAUUAUAUGUCUGCUCUGUUACGACCACUUGGGAAGAAUUUGAAUGAAUGUGACGACAUUAUCCCGCUGGUGUGGGGUUCUGAGUCCGAUGGAACUGUUACUGAAUUUUAUUAUCCUGAAUAG